AUCUUGAGAGGAGCAUCAUGGCGUCCGGCGGUCGGCGCGCCGUGCUGUCGCUGACGACGCGCUUCUGCCUGCCGCACCAGGGCAUGGCGACGCUGGACUACCUCAGCAGCGGCUCGGCGGUCGUGCUGCGCGGCUCCCAAGACGCCUCGGACAGCUCCUCGCUGGCCGUCGCCACGUGCCAGCACGUGGCGUGUCCCUGGCUGUUCCCUCAGUACUUCACGGCCACGUGGGACUGGCUGCAGUUCGUGAGCGAGGACUUUGUGCGCCACUCGCUGCAGCUGCUGGCCGUGGACGCGCCCAAGCCCGAGGUGCUGCUGGAGCUGCCGCUGGCCCGCAAGGUGCAGACGCACGAGAGUCGCGACCUGGCGCUGCUGACGCUGGCGGACGCUGACGCCUGGAAGCAGGCGGAGGAGAGCUUGGGGCUGCACGCGCUGACGCUGCAGCAGACGCCGGCGCAGCGGGGCGACGCGCUGCUGUUCUCGGGUCACCGGCAGCUGGAGGAGGGGCUGCAGCUGCCCAAGGGCGUGGACGGACACUUCGUGGGGCGCAGCAGCAGCGGCCAGGAGUUCGCAUGGAGUCGGGAGCUGCUGGAGGAGGGAAUGUGCGGCGGAGCGGUGAUCGACGCAGCAGGGGACGAGUGCGUGGGCAUCGUGGAGGGCAUCGUGCCGAGCAUUGGACAGGGGGACGACGAGCCGUCGCUACACGACAGAGAGGCCCACGCGGCCUGGCAGAUGCGGCAGGCGCUGGCGGGCCACGUGGCCUUCAUCCCGGCGGCUGAAGUCCGCAGGUUCAUUGACGACGAGGACGCGGGCAAUUUGCUGCUCACGGGCAUGGGGCUGCCUGUGCAUAUGUGA